GCUGCGGUUCAGGCCCCGGCCGGGCUCCUGCGGGGAUGCUCCGGGCGCGGAGCCCCCCGGGAACGGGCACCGAGCUCCUGCUCCGGUUCUGCCGCCGCCAGCGAGCCCCGGGGCGGCUCGGGGUGCCCGUGGGUGUCCCGGUGCCCCUGGCUGUGUCCCCUUCUAUCCUGGGUGUCCCCGACCCUCUCCGUUGUCCCCGGGGGUCCCGGUGCCCCUGGAUGUGUCCGCUUGUCCCGGGGCUCCCCCGGGCAUCCUCAUCCUCUCCCCGUUAUCUCCGUGCAGGGAAGGAGCCUCCCCACGCCGUGUCCGCCGCACGCCCGGUGCCGGUCCUGAUCCUGGUCCCGGUCCCGGUGCCAUCGGCCCCAUGGAGGAGCGCAGGAAGAAGCGGAGCCCGCAGAGCUGCCUGGCCCAGCCGCCGCCCGCCGGGGCCCCGCGGCCGCUGCCCCCGAGCAAGAGCGCGUCCUUCGCGCUGCCGCUGCCCGCGCUGCCCUCGCCCCGCCAGCGGCCGCGGCCCCGCCGGGCCAGCAAGGAGCGGGCGCGGGCGGGCGCCGGGGGCUCCCGGGGGGCGCCGCUCCAGCACAGCUUCCUCACGGAUGUGUCCGACGUGUGCGAGAUGGAGCGCGGGCUGCUCAGCCUCCUCAGCGACUUCCACUCGGGAAAGCUGCAGGCGUUCGGGAAGGAGUGCUCCUUCGAGCAGCUGGAGCACGUGCGGGAGAUGCAGGAGAAGCUGGCGCGGCUGCACUUCGGGCUGGACGUGUGCGUGGAGGAACUCCCUGAGGAGCAGAAGAAGGCGGCGGCUGACAGGAACCUGGACCAGCUGCUGGCACACCUGGAAGAGCUCAGCAGCUCCAUACAGAAGCUGCACCUGGCCGAGAGCUCGGACCCCGAGGACGCGGGGCCCUGACCCCGGCCCUGUCCCCGGCCCCGCCAUCCCCGGGAGCCCCGCGCGG